AUGGAUGGCCUGCGGCUGAUAGCAACAACGGUAGUGUCAUGUUACUCUGUCUCUGAAAAGGAGGCCCUCAGUGCCGUCAACGCCCUGGAGCACUGGCGAGCGUACCUGUGGGGCCGCUUCUUCACCCUGAGGACGGACCACUCGGUGCUCACGACUCUGCUCACGCCGAAGUCGGCCAAACGCGCCGGCGCGCGGAUCGUCAGACGGCAGGGACGUCUGCUGCCGUACUCGUACACGGUGGAGUACCGCCCCGGCCACAGCAUCCCCGUCGCCGACACCCUGUCCCGCCUCCUGCUGUCGGAUACGGCCGCCGCCGAGACUGAUAGGGACGAAACCGUCGCCAUUGUCACCGACGAGGCCGCCGACGUGAUCACGAACGACGCCAUCCGCGCCGCGUCCGCCGGCGAUCCAGUCCUGGAGGAGCUGCGGUCGACCAUCCGCACCGGCUGGCCAGACGCCGCGCGAAAGUGCACGCCACAGACACGCGAGUUCUACGCCGUGCGGCACGAGAUGCUGGUCCAUGAAGACGGCAUCGUGCUGCAGGGUCCGGACCGCGCCAUCGUCCUGGCCGCCCUGCGCACCAAGUACCUGGAGCUGGCCCAACGCGCGCACGAAAGCAACUCCACCUCCGUCUGGCUGAACGAGGACUUAUACAUGGUGACGGUGACGUUGGCCUGA